AAAGCAACUAUAAAUCCGAGUAUCGACAAUCGCCAGUUAGAAUUCGGUAAGGAAUUUCUCAGUUAAUGAGUGUGUAGUAACAAUACAAAUGACGAGCGUUGUUCACUUCUUAAUUACAGCUGUGAUUUAUACGAGAAAUAUCACAUGACACUGGCUUAAUAGUAUUUAACUUAGAUGUAUCUUUGAUAUUUAUCAUCUUUCACAAAGUGAAGAAAUUUGCUACACAAAAUGGAUAUAUUCCUGCAUCUAUAAAUCUGUGAUAGAAUUGGUGUUACAUAAUUGUUGUUAUGACUUAAGACCAUUAGCAGAAUUUCUCUACUUCACUGCCUGGAAUAUCUUCAAGAGUUGAUUGCUUUGUUUAAACUUGGACAUAUUUAGAAAGGAGGUUGUGGUAUCUUAACACAUCAAUUGAAGUCACGCUUUAUGGAAAUAUGGUUCUAGAUAUACAAGAGUUGAAUUUGACAGAGAAGUAAAAUUAUGGAAAAUAAAUUCUAUGAGGAACCAAUUCAAAUUAAAAUAGAGACUGAACGAGUUGAUUCUUGUGAUGAGAUUCAGAAUGAGAGAGAAGAAAAAUCAUACUCCUGUGACAUGUGUAAAAACUCAUUCUCUCAGAAACACCACCUAAAUGAUCACAAACGUAUUCACACAGGAGAGAAGCCAUAUCAUUGUGAUAUCUGUGGUAAGUCGUUCUCUACAAGUGGUACUUUAAGUACCCAUAAACAUAUUCAUACAAGAGAGAAACCAUAUCACUGUGAUAUCUGUGGUAAAUCAUUUUUCACAAGUAGUGCAUUAAAUACUCACACACGUAUUCAUACAGGAGAAAAACCAUAUCAUUGUGAUAUCUGUGGUAAAAAAUUCUCUUACAGAUCGUCCAUAAGUAAACACAGAAGUAUUCAUACAGGAGAGAGACCAUGCCACUGUCAGAUUUGUGGUAAAUCAUUCUCAGAUAAAAGUAAAUUACAAAGACACAUAUAUAUUCAUACAGGAGAAAAACCCCAUUGCUGUAAUAUAUGUGGCAAAUCAUUCUCUCAAAAGAAUGACUUAAAUAAACACAUACGGAUCCAUACAGGUGAAAAACCAUAUCACUGUGAUAUCUGUGGUAAAUCUUGCUCUCAAAGUAGUGAUUUAAUUAAACAUAAGCGUGUUCAUACAGGAGAGAAACCAUAUCAGUGUGAUAUCUGUAGCAAGUCAUUCUCUGAAAGCACUGCCUUACAUAUACAUCGACGUAUUCAUACAGGAGAGAAGCCGUAUCAGUGUGAUAUCUGUGGCAAAUCAUUCUCUCAUACAUCUCCCCUAAUUAAACACAGACAUACCCACACAGGGGAGAGACCAUACCACUGUGAGAUUUGUGGUAAAUCACUCACUACAAGUGGAAGGUUAAAUAGUCACAAACGUAUUCAUACAGGAGAGAAACCAUAUUGUUGUAGUAUCUGUGGUAAAUUCUUUUCCACAAGUACUGCAUUAAAGACUCACAAACGUAUUCAUUUAGGAGACGAACCAUAUCACUGACAUUUGUGGUAAAUCAUUCUCUACGAAUUGUAACUUAUGUAGCCACAUAUUUAUUCAUGCUGGAGAGAGACCAUAUCAUAGUUAUAUCUGUGGUAAAUCCUUCUCUCACAUAUCGUCCUUAAGUAAACACAUAAGUAUCUACACAGGAGAGAGACCAUGCUGCUGUGAGAUUUGUGGUAAAUCAUUCUCAGAUAAAAGCAAAUUACAGAGACACAUGUAUGUUCAUACAGGAGAAAAAUCGGAUCUUUUUUAAAACGGGGGCCACAUUUUUCAUUAAUGUUUUACGUAGUGCUUUUGGUACCGAAAGACUUUCAAACUUCGUAUACUUAUCUAUUUUGUGUUAUAGAACAGAAAAAUAUUUUUGUAUUCGAAUUUAUUUUAUGUAAAAAAUUGUCUUAUUUCGAUAAUUUCAACCAAUCACUGACGUCCAUUCAGCCGAUAUACAUUAAGUGCCGACUACAUAAACAAACGAUUCUUUGUUUUAUUUGCUUUUUUCAUUUUAAAUUUGCUUUAACCCUAACCCUAACCCUAACCCUAACUCUAACCCUAGGGUUAGGGUUAGAGUUAGGGUUAGGGUUAAUUGUUUCAGAAUCGUUUGUUUAUGUAGUCGGCACUUAAUGUAUAUCGGCUGAAUGGACGUCAGUGAUUGGUUGAAAUUACAGAAAUACGACAACUUUAACAUGGAAUAAUUUAUGGAUUUCUUUUUUUUUUAAGAAGACUAAGAGAAAAAGAUGUUUUAUACGACACAUUCUACCAGUGAUCCAAGUUUCAAAGUGUUUCGUUAAUGAAAAAUGUGGCCCCCGUUUUAAAAAAGAUCCGAAAAAUCCUAUUGCUAAAAUCUGAAGCAAAUCAUUCAGUCUAAAGGAUGAUUUAAAUAAGCAUAUACGAAUUCAUACAGGUGAAAAGCCAUAUUUGUAGUAAAUCUUGCUCUCAACUGGUGACUUGAUUAAACAUAAGUGUGUUCACACAGGAGAGGGUGAUAUCUGUGGCAAGUCUUCCUCUGAAGGUAGUGCCCUACAUAAACCUAGCCGUAUUCAUACAAGAGACACACCUUAUCACUGUUAUUAGUGUGAUAUCUACAAUUUAUUCUCUAGGAGUACAAGCUUAGCUCAACACAAACAUACACAUACAAGUGAGAAACCAUGUCACUGUGUUCUCUGUGGAGAAUCAUUCUCUCAAAGUGGUAAAUC